GUUACCCACAAUUCUAUGUAAACAUGGUUUCUAAUUGACAGGUAACACGGAAAUACAGAAUAUAUUUACUGAAUAUUUGUUUCACGCGCUUUACCAAUGUAGAUUUAUACAGGAUCAUAAAAGGUUAUGUGGUAUUUUUAAUGUUUUACCACUGGCAACAUGUUCAUUUGUUUGAAAAGUUACGGAAAUGAUUAAGAAAGCCGAAGUAGAUUAAGGAAAACAAAAAAUGAAAAUCAUCUAAAAUGUAACUCGUCUCCAGUCGUGAUUUACUAUGAUAUUUUAAAAUUAUUUGGUUACAUGAUUUUUUUAAUUGUUAUAGACUUUAUUUUAUAUGAAUGUGCCUAUGUUAGAGUAUAAAAGUCGUGGUGCUACGAGUGAUUGUGAUUAUGUUCCAGUUGAAUUAAAAGGAGGCCUGACACCAACAUCUAAACGAAGACGGUCACCAGCAAAUGACUCGGAAUUACAAGUCAUUCGUUAUGAUGAUGAUGUUAGCCAUAGUUCUCAAAAGAGUAUUUUGUCUCAUCAAACCCACAUGACACAGCUAUCGUCUUCUGUACAACUGCCGAUAUGGGACGCCCCACCUGGAAUACUUGGAAUUCAAAACCAUGGCAACACUUGCUUUAUGAACACUAUCCUUCAGUGCCUUAGUAGCACAGACUUAUUCUCUGAGUACUUUAUACAGAAAAAAUACAAAGAGUUGUUUAAUGGAAAAGGUUUCACUAAAAGGCUGGUUGGUGCAUCUAAGUGUGAAGUUUGUGAAGAGGUGGGACGCCUUUUAGAAACUUUAUGGUCAGGAUCUUAUACACCUGAAAUUUCAAGUCAUUUUAAGAAUGUAGUAAGCAAAUUCAAUGUACAGUAUAAAGGUUCAUCUCAGCAUGAUGCACAAGAAUUUUUACUUUGGCUGCUUGAUAGACUUAAUGAUGAGCUUCACCAUUCUUCAAAGAAAAAGGCAAAAGAAACACUUUCUAAAACUAAAAAGGAAAAGAAUGAAGUGACAGUCCUAACAAGUCCAGAAGUGGUUCUGAAUGCUUGCAGUGGCUUUGAUAUUUACAAUAAAUUCCAAGCAUUGUACCAAUCAUCAUUAACAUGUCUUGAUUGCAAGAAGCAAAGCAAUACAUACGAAUCAUACCUCUGUCUUUCACUUCCUGUACCUCAAAAAAGCACACGUCCAGUAUAUAUAACAGUUGUGUACUUAGAUGAUUCACCAAAGCAGUUGAGAAUUGCCUUAGAAAUGAACAUCAUGGACUCCAUUAGAGAACUAAGGGACAAACUUGCACAUGAACUAUAUGUUACACCAAAGAGGCUUGUCCUUUGUCAACUGAAUGAGAAAGGGUUUGGAAACACAUUUGGUGAUGAUCAACCACUGUCAGAUAUUCAUGAAUCAGAGACAAUUUAUGUGUUUGAAACAUUUCCGUUUAGUGAGGUUAACAAAACACCAGGAUCAGAUCUUAUCCAAAUUUUGAUUGUCCAUAUUGAAAAGUUUUCUGCUACCAAAAGUUUUAGGUUUUGUUGCCCAGAAGUUAUAAAGAUCAACAGAGAUAUAGAGUUCUUACAGUUACAGAGAUGUAUAUUAAAGAGUAUGAGGUUUGCAGUGUCUGAACGAGUACUGGAUCAGAGCAAUACUUACAAAGGUGCCAAAUUUGAUAUCAGAGUAGUUGACAGCGGACCUAAAGACAGUUACUUAGCAGAUGAUGUUGACAUGCCACUGUAUACAGAACCAAUUGAUAGGGCUCUCUCUAUCUAUAAUGAUGAUUAUGGACCAACUCACAUAAAGUUUGUCAUAGAGUGGGAUCCUGAGAUGAAAAAAAGGUUGGUCGAUGAUGAUGAAGAUUAUGUUGAGGAACAUCCGUCUGUACAUAAGGCACGGUUAAAUCAGCAACAACCUUCAUAUGUUAGCCUGGAAGAAUGUCUGAAACUCUUCACAAAAGAGGAGAAGCUUGGAGAUGGCGAUGCUUGGCAAUGCCCUAAUUGUGAGAAGACACAGGAAGGGGCCACUAAAAAGUUAGGACUGUGGUCAGCACCUGAUAUUCUUGUUAUGCAUCUUAAACGAUUCAGACAUUCUGGGUUAAGAAGGAACAAGCUAAACAUUUUAGUGAACUUUCCAGUCUCGGAUCUCGAGAUGGGUCAUCAUCUGUUAAUUAAAGAUGACACUUCACAGGGUAAAAUAACAUCUGACCUCUAUGACCUCUAUGCUGUCUCUAAUCACUAUGGUAACAUGAGUGGAGGUCAUUACACAGCCUUCUGUAAGAAUCCAGUAGAUAUGAAAUGGUACGAGUAUGAUGAUACCCAUGUGAAACCUCUUCAGCAACGGGAUAUUGUCUCUAGAGCUGCCUAUCUUCUGUUUUAUCAGAGAAGGAAACUUACACAACAGACAAUAGAUUCUCUUCAGUCUCAAAAACAUUGGGUGUUCUCAGUAUAUGGGCCUCCAAGGUCAAUGCAGUCAAUGCAGGUUGUAAGCUCUUCACCAGUGGAAGAGGCAAAGUCAAUAGUUCACUCUCCUUCUGGAGGUAAAAUUGGUAUUGAACGAGAUUAUUCAGAUUUGUAUGUGGAGCGAGUGAAACUGGAUGUUGAGAACAAUUACAGGACUGUAAAACAGUCACGAGGGAAAUCAGAGCCACCUCAAGAUAGGUAUAAACAAGAAGAGGAAAUGUUGUUGGAAGAAUUGAGACAGGGUAUCAACUCACCACAAGUCGAGCAUAGAAGACCUGUCAGUUCUCUUAGAGAGCUUGAAGAUCAAUCACCAAGGCGUGAAGACAUGGGCAUUAAUUCUCCCCGACAAACUGUUAAACAUGAAUCUCCUAGAAAACAAUUAUUUCCAAAUAGAACUCAAAACUUAGCUUCCCAAAAUCAGUAUGUUGAUGAGAUUAGUUCACGAACAAAUGGAAGAAAUAAAAUAACUGUAGCGGAGCAAAUAGUGCGCAGUAAACAAUCUGAUGAUAGAGUGGAUGGUUCAGUGCCAUCACCACGUAAUGUGAAAAAUAUUUACCGAAGAUCGGAUAGUGUUGAUUCUAGUAAGAACAGUCAUUCGUUCACAUCUGGUAGUGAAAUAAGUCCCACUGAUAGUUCUCCUCCAUCACCACUAGAUGAUUGUAGUAGGACGGCCGCUGUUUUGUAUCAGAACCAAAGCAGCAGAAAUAAAUCAAAUAUCUUAAACAAUGAAAGAGAUAGUGUUCAAUUAAAUGGAUAUGUGCCAAAGUUAAAAAUCCAUUCAAAUCAAAUCUAUAAAGACAGCUCUGGUAACAUGGAUGGUAGAAGACAAAAUGACAAUCCACCAAAAACUGAUAAUCAAAAAGUUGUCAACAGUGUGUCUAAUAAUAAUAACCCCCCACCGAGACCAGAUGUGUUUGCAACUCCACAACAAGUACGUAAAUCACCUUCCCCUCCGGUUGUAACUGGUCGUGGUUGGUCUACUCCUCAACCACAAAGAAAACAGUAUUCCGAUAACAGUAAUAGACCAGCCAUUGACAGACAAUUUUCUGUUCCACCGAGAGUGCCACUGCCCCAGUAUGAAAGUCAGCGGCUGGAAGUUGAAGGUCAUGCAAUAUUAGAUAAGCAGCCAAGAAGUUUACCUGCAGAAGUUCGAACAAGUGCUGAUAAGCCCCCUCUUCCUGUUAAAGCUAGUCAUACUGCACAUAGGCAGAGUGCUAUCAAUACUGCACAUGACAGAAUGGUUCCCAGUAGACCAGUCUCUGCUUAUGUUAGAGGGAAUGAAUAUAGCGAAAAUAGGGUACCAGAUUAUACUGAUAAACCAGUCAGUAAUGUAGAGUAUAGGUCUACUGCAUUAAGUACUAGAGAACCGGCCUACAGUGACAGUAGACCAGUCAUUAUUGGUGAGAGAACAGAAGAACAGUAUAAAAGAGGUAGAAGUGAACUUGAUUCAAGAAGGUCAAGUAAUAGAGGAGAAACAAGAACAAGGAAUAGAUCAGCUGACAGACAUGAGAGAAGAAGUAUGAGGGUGAAGGCGGAGCGACCAAUGUCCUAUCACCAGGUGAACACAGAUGACAUACAUGAGCAGUACUAUUUGUCACAGCCUAUUGAUGACACAUCCAACUUUGAACGUGCCAGCAGGUAUGCCACGAUGCAGCCUAUCAGACAAGAUUAUCAUAUAGAACAGUUUGCAGAAAACGAUUAUCUACAUCGUCAUACUGCUGAUCCUAGAAUAUUAUACCACCAACCGAGGUCUCGUGCCCCUAUAAAUACAUAUAAUCCACACCUAUAUCAAGACCACAGUAGUGACUUUCCAAGAUAUCAGCCUCACUUACAGACCGCUAAAAUGCUGACAAAAAUGGCUCUACAGGAAAAGGAAAUAAAAAUGAGGCAAAAAAUGAAAUCUGAAUACCUUAAGGAAUCAAGUGUGUAAAGUUAAGAUAUUUAAGGAAUCAGUAUAUUGUAAUAUAUUUGUAAUGUGAACAUGAAGUGCUUUGUAUAGUAAACAAUAAUCUUUUUUGAACAAGCAACACAAUUACCUCAAAAUUAUACUCAUAUGCUUUAAUUGAAUGGUAUAUUAUAGUUUAGUACAAUGUAUUGUGAUGAUGAUCCGAUUUUAUACAAUUUUGUUUUGAUAAAUACAAUGUACUUGUUCAACUUGCCAAUCAUAUUUUCCUCAUUUUUCUGCCAUUAUAGUUUAAAAUUUAGACAAACAGUAGAAUAGUUAUGACUAUCUGUCUAUACAUAUGAUGGCUUCAGGUUUUGCAGUAACUUAGGCUGUGGUAUCUUAAUUUGGAAUAUACAUGUUAAAGAUAUGCUCAAAUUUGAUAUUAAAAAUUAAUGAUAAUUGCUACACAGUCUCUUUGUAAAUAUAAGGUAAACAUGUUUUGACUUCCCACAAAGUAGAUAUGUUAUGUUUAAACACUAUAGUUGGUUACAAUAUGAAUAUAUAGUGUCAUUAAAAAAACUGGCCGUUUUUUGGGGGUUUUUUGGGGGGUUUUUUAAGAAAAGAGCAACUUUACUUGACCUGUUAUAGGGAAACGGCUUACCAUACAUAUUUUUUUUAUUCUUUUAUUCAUAUUAGACAUAUUCAGAAAGAAUUUCAUAGAUUUCAAUAAAUUUCUGCAAGUAAAAUAUUGCACUCAAGGAUGAGCCUUGUAUAUCUUUACUUACUUAUGCAUUGACAUCAUUUCUGAAAGAGACAUUUGUUACAAUCAGUAGUCUUUAUAAUGAGUAAUUAAGGUAUGUUCCUCGGGCAUGAUUUGGUCACUAAGGUUCAACCAUUUUCUCCAUAUUAAAUGAAUACCUUGAUUCUUUAGUCAGAAAUAACGCUGGAAGACUGACCUUAACAUGUUGUGAUAAGCCUUUCCCUCCUGUGUAGAUCCAGACCAGUCUACAUUUUCAUGCAGUAUAACCAGCCUGUAUACUGUUAGUAGCUCUAUUUUGAAAUUGAAAUACCUUAAUUUUCAAAUGAACUGUCCAAAAUACAGAGCAGGUCAUUACACAAAUUCAGCAGGUUAAGGGUUUAAACCAAACAAAAUGAAACAUUACUGUUGAGCUUGAAGUGCUAAAAAUUUAUAUUUAUAAAGUGUGAAUUUCAGUUACAUCAGAUUAUUUAUUUUAGAUGAGUUAUCACAACAUUGGCUGUAUUGUGUUUUGAUACAUAUUGAUGAUUAAUUGUAUAUGUACAGACACUUUUGAGUUGGGAUUUAAAGAUUUUUGUUCUUGUACUUUUUAGCUCACCUGUCACAAAGUGACAGGGUGAGCUUUUGUGAUCGCUUUUCGUCCGUCUUCCGUAAACUUUUACUUUAAAUGACAUCUCCUCAUUAACCACUCAGCCAAUUUCAUCCAAACUUCACAGGAAUGUUCCUUUGGUGGUCACCUUUAAAAAUUGUUCAAAGAAUUUAAUUCCAUGCAGAACUCUGGUUGCCAUGGCAACCAAAAGAAAAAACUUAAAAUAUCUUCUUCUAAAAAACCCAAAGAGCUAGAGCUUAGAUUUUUGGCAUGAAACAUCUUCUGGUGAGUGUCUACCAAGUUUGUUCAAAUGAAAGCCCUUUGGUCAAAAUUGGCCCCGCCCCAGGGGGUCAUUGAUUUUCCCUAUAUGCAUAUAGUAAAAACUUUAAAAAAUCUUCUUUAAAAGAACCCAAAGAGCUAGAGCUAAGAUAUUUAGCAUAAAACAUCUUCUAAUGGGUGUCUUCCAAGUUUGUUCAAAUAAAAGCCCUUGGGUAAAAAUUGGCCCCGCCCCAGGGGUCAUUGAUUUUCUAUAUAUGCAUAUAGUAAAAACUUAAAAAAUCUUCUUUUAAUGAACCAAAAUAGCUAGAGCUAAGAUAUUUAGCAUGAAACAUCUUCUAAUGGGUGUCUACCAAGUUUGUUCAAAUAAAAGCCCUGGGGUCAAAAUUGGCCCCGCCCCAGGGGUCAUUGAUUUUCUCUAUAUGCAUAUAGUAAAAACUUAAAAAAUCUUCUUUUAA